AUGACUAGGAGGAUAGCAGGGACUGUGUUGGCGGUGGUGGUCGUGGCCGGAAAGGGCGACUGCGGCGGAUUAAGGAUAAUCGCAGAGGCGGGAACUUCCAACGAUCCAAGAAUCCAAGAAAAUGCUGUCACGGCAUUGCUUAAUCUUUCCAUUUUCGAUAACAAUAAGACCUUAAUAAUGGAAGCUGGAGCUAUCGACAACAUUGUCGAAGUGUUGAAAUUUGGAAAAACCAUGGAGGCAAGAGAGAAUGCAGCAGCAGCAAUUUUUAGUUUGUCAAUGAUAGAUGACUUCAAGGUAGCCAUCGGAGCUCAUGCUCGAGCAAUUCUGGCUCUCGUUGGGCUCCUCAGAGAAGGAACAACUACCGGGAAAAGGGAUGCUGCAACAGCAUUAUCCAACCUCGCACUUUACAGGGCCAACAAAGCGAAUAUCGUGGUUUCAGGGGCAGUUCCGUUGCUGAUUGAAUUGUUGGUGGAUGACAAAGCAGGCAUAACAGACGAUGCCUUGGGAGUUUUGGCUCUACUUUUGAGUUGUCCUCAAGGGCUUGAAGAUAUAAAAAGUAGAGCUUUUGUGCCUCUUCUCAUCGAUCUCUUGAGAUUCGGAUCGGCCAAAGGGUAG